AUGAAUUUUGUGAAGGUGUCCCUCGAUUCUUACCCUGUCAAGUACUACAACCGAACGCACAAAGUAACCAACACGCUGAGGCUGAAGGGGAUAGGGUUGCUAACCUGGGAGGAAGAGGACAUCAAGCAUUUCUUUCAGAAGCUGGACUUGACCUUCAUGGUCUAUUUGAUACUCCAGCAGAAUGUCGUUUACGUGGAGUUUUACAAAAAGAAGGACUGCUCCUACGUCUUCAAUCUUCUGAACCACAACCCCCCAAAAGGACAGCAGGACCGUAAAACGAACAUCCAGGCGGAGUAUGUAAAUGUGCGAUACGACAUUAAGGAGGAGUCCCCCACCGUCUAUUCUCGGGAUUUCUCUGCCCUGGUGGGUGGCAUCCCUAACAAGGAAGCUACAACGGAUGCACACAACGAAAGCGAACUCAACGCUGGUAACGGUGGGGAUGACAUUUCCAUCCAAGCGGAUGCUAUCGGAGAAGACUUUUCCGAGGAGGUCAUUCGGGCGUACGAGCAGGAACAGUGGCUUAAGUAUACCAAAAACGACGAGAUCAAUGUGUGCCACUACUUCUGCCGGAGCACGCCGAACAAAAUUUACAAGUCCUACUGCAUCCCGGACCCGCACCUGUUCUUCUCUCUAAAAUGCAUGGACCGCAUAGGGGUCCUUCUGGACGGCCGCCAACCGAACCAGAUCUCCAUCCUCAAAUGUCACGUGAAUAAGGCCGUCGAGUAUGUCAUCGAGUCGAGGCACAUUUUCCAGGACGAAAUAGCCUUCUUAGUAAUGAAGAACGAUCUGCCUAUGUCUUUCCUGAACAUUCGAAAUGAAACGAAGACGAACCUAAUUGUGAAGAAAAAUACCCUCAUAAGGAUUAAGGGCAGAAGAAGAUACGAACUGAUUUUUGGGAUUCCCAAGAAGAAGACGAUUCCACUGGAGGGGGAGAUCAUGCGCCGGAAGGACAGCUACCUAAUGAUCUUCCGCUUCAUUGACGAACCCAGCGUAAAAAAAAUGUUAACGCAAAAACACAGGAACCAGAAGGUUAAGGACGAACCACAGGAGAAAAGUUGCGUCUCCGUAGAAGUUGGAAAAUACAACUCGGAUAAAAUUGAGAGGAAAUAUGUCCUGGACGUGUAUAACAAAAUAGCGCAACAUUUUUGCUACACCAGGUACAAAUCCUGGAACAACGUGGAAAACCUCAUCAACGAGGAGCAGGAGGGAAACCUUAUCAUAGACGUUGGAUGUGGCAACGGCAAGAAUGUACAGGUUUCUUCGAAGUACUUUUUCAUUGGUCUGGAUUUCAGCUGGCACCUUUUGAAGCUUGCCCAGAAGAAGUGGAACUCCGAUUUGUUUCUAGCCAACUGCGUCAGCAUACCUCUACGAUCGAACAUAGCCGAUCUGUGCAUUUCCAUCGCCGUCAUCCAUCAUAUCGGCACGCACGAAAAAAGACGACAGGCAGUGGCUGAGAUGGUCCGAUGUACCAAAGUUGGGGGCAGGAUCCUCAUAUACGUCUGGGCCUACGAGCAGCAAUCGAACGUGGUCGGAAACCGGAAGUUCGAAUCCCAGGACAUUUUCGUUCCCUGGUACCUUCAGCCGCAGCACACCUUGGAAGGCACUGAAGACGUGAAAGAAGUGGAAUCGCCCGAAAGGGAAGUCCUCCACCCAGCCAAAAAGGAUCUGGAAAAGCUACAGAGGUACUACCACGUAUUUAGGAAGGAGGAGCUCCAUGACUUGUGCUUAAGCAUCCAUGGGGUCCGCAUCGAAGAUUUUUUUUUUGACAAUAAUAAUUGGGCCAUUCUUCUGAGGAAAGUUUGUUGA